UGGGUGGCAGCACUGCACUGACACACGUGUUGUGCAUUGACUGUGAGUUCAGUUGUGGACAACUUGUGGUGAUCACUGAUCAGUGAAGAUUGCUUACCAAACAUGACUUCACUGUCCGAUCAAAUCGCUUCACUCAUCAAUCCGUUGCCAUCUCUGACAGAUCCCGAGGAUGACAUCCACACCGAGACCUCUGCCCUCAAUGUGCUCAACACCACCACAACAGACAACAGCGGCGGUGAUCAGCCAUUGAGCGCAAGUGACUUAACCCGCAAAGCAAGAAGUCAUUUGUGGUCUUUGAAUGAGAGGUAUUCGGGAAUCAAAGUCACUCGGGAUGUGCUCACAGAUUGGCAGUCAGAGGAUGAACACAGCGAUGGCAGUCAUGAAGACAAGAGUGGAAGUGAUUCCGUUGACACCGAACUCGAGGACAGGGAGUUCUAUAGCGAUAACAUAAGAGCGCCGACCGCCUCCUCUGAAGACUUAAACUCCAGUUCUGAUAGCAAUGAGAGUGAAAACGAAAACGAAGAAGCAGUUGAAGAGUUGAGUGAUGGAAAAGAUGUGGACGAAGGCAGCGAUGGAUACAUAAAUCAAUUCUCAAACAUUGAUGUCAAUGAAGAUAUAUCGAAGGGAAUCGCUCUGAAGAAGCAGUUAUUAAUUUGGGAUAAUUUGCUCGAAUGUCGUAUUAAUGUGCAGAAAAUACUGAUGGAUAGCAACAGAUGUCCACAAUUUGAUUGUUUAAGUCUUUUGAAAGAAGGUUCACAAGAGACAGAAGUGAACCAUUCAUUGAGAGAGUCAUCGAAAGCAGUGAAGAAAUUGCUAAAAGUGUUGAUUGACAUCGAUUUGAGUCUUAACUCACAAAAUAAUAUUCUUGUCAAUGAAAGACAUUCUUCUCAGUCAACUGAAGACCAUUCGACGGAUGAAAACAUAAGAACUGAUAAUAAGAAUGAAUUUCUGGACAAUUCAUUGGAGUUUAGGAACAAACGAAAGCUCUCUGAUUGUGAUUACAAUGAGUUCUUAAGCAAAAGACAUCGAAAUUUGAAUGGAAUUAGGAAUCAAUUGAACAAACGAAAGCUCUCUGAUUGUGAUUACAAUGAGUUCUUAAGCAAAAGACAUCGAAAUUUGAAUGGAAUUAGGAAUCAAUUGUUAGACAAAUGGUAUGAAAAGACAAGAUUUACAGCGAAUGCCUUGAAAAACAAAUCUUUGGUUGGUUUGGAACAGUCUUCGACACAACAAAUCGAUCGCAUUCUCUCUGAUAUGGAAAGACUUAUACGAAGAACACAAACCAAAAGGUCUUUAUAUAAUAUUAUAGGAAAGGCUGAUAUCAAUGACACAACCAUUGAUGAGAAACAAUUAGAAGAAAGUAUUGGCAAAAGUGAUGACAAAGAAUUGGAUGCAGAGAUCUUCGAUGACGACGACUUCUACCAUCAAUUGCUCAGAGAAUUAAUUGAAUCAAAGACUGCCAAUGAAUCCAACGAUCCAAUAGUCUUAAGCAAGAAAUGGUUGGAAAUACAAAAGUUGAGGAAUAAAAUUAAACGCAAAGUCGACACAAAAGCGAGUAAAGGCAGGAAAAUUAGAUAUGAUGUACACUCGAAGUUAGUCAACUUCAUGGCACCUGUAGAUAAUUGCACGUACACUGACCAGGCUAUCACUCAACUCUUCAGCUCUCUUUUUGGAUUAAAAUUAAGAUAA